UGCAGUAGCUUACGAGGAGUAUCUCGAGAAGAUUAAGGAGCAUGACCUUGUGAAAGAUGCCUAUGUCCAGUGGACGAGCAACCAGAUGGCGAGUUUCACUCGGUUCAUGAUGACUGGAGUGCGAGAGGAACCACUCCCAGAGCCACCUCAUCCGGGGCCGACGCCAGUGUUCCCGUCCAAGGAGGAGUUCUAUAUCAUGUACAAGCGUCAGCGUCAGUUGACCCCGGGAUUGGGAGAAUCCGGGAACGACACUCCUUGUGGUACGCCGAUGCACCCCGGUCGCCAUUCUCCUGGUGCUUCUGCCGAACCUCGGCAUUUUUCUGGUUCCGGUGGCUCUCGUCGUGGUUCUACCUCCCCGAGCACCGUCGAAAUACAGCGGCCUCACUUCACCCACUCGGAGCUAGAUCGUCUGUAGCUAGAUCGUCACUCGGGUGGUGCACCACCAUAGUUUCUACAUUGUACUAGCACAUGAUGACACGCUCCAUCUUUGUAGUGGAUCCGGUGUAUGUACCAUGGUCUUGUAUGCUAUAUUUGUGCUAUUUGUGAGAUUUGAUGCUAUAUUUGUGAGAUUUGGUGCUAUACGGUGAUAUCUUUGUGCUAUAUGGU